UUUGUGUCGUACUCCGCUGAGGACGAUUGGGUCUUGGAUGAUUUGGUACCACAGUUAGAGGGAAAUGAAGGCAUUAAACUCUGUAUACAUGAAAGAGAUUUCCAGGCUGGUAGAUUGAUUAUAGAUAAUAUUGUAGAAUCGAUUGAAAAUAGUCGUCGUGUUUUAAUUAUAUUAAGUAAUAAUUUUGCUCGAAGUGAAUGGUGUCAAUUUGAAAUGACUUUAGCUCAAAAACACGUUUUGAAUCGAGCUAUGGAACCUUUGAGUGUAGUUUUAUUAGAAGAUAUAGACAGUGAAAAUAUGAGCAAUUCACUUAAUGCUUUAUUAAAGACAACUACUUAUAUA